UGAUGCCAAUUCUGUGUGGCGUAAUCUCAGCUGCGUUCUUGAGUGUAAAAUCAUGUCUUAUGUGUGGAUUCUAUUCCUUCCACAAGUGCUUCCGAUCUUAUCAGAUUUUAUGAUACCGAUAGGACUCAUUUUUAACAGUGUUAAAUGAGUUACCUUCGUAUGGACAUUCAACCUUUUAAAUGUGAAUGUGAUCAACAUGACCCUGAACCCGUUUUUUUUGUUGGUCGAACUGGAACCCACUUUGACAAACCUAUUCAUCAAUCACAAAAGUAAGCAUUGAAUAAGCACAAUCAUCCUUCUUAUGAUAUGUUCGACCUACCUCACUCUCCCACUGCAACCGCGAUAUUUUCGCUCUCUUCUCCGCUCAUGCGCGCGCCAAUCCGCCCUCUCCGUCGGCCAACAGCUCCAUGCCAUUAUUCUCACCUCCGUCGUCUCCGAAAAUACCUUCCUUUUCAAUGCCCUCCUUCACUUGUAUGCCCAGUGUGGUAUUACCCGUAAUGCACACUACCUGUUCGAUCAAAUUCCCAACUCACACAAAGACACUGCUGAUUGGACCUCCCUUCUGUCCUGCCUUACCAAAAACUCCCCCAGCCCAGAAAAUGCUUUUUCUUUUUUUAAAGAAAUGCGCAAGCAAGGGGUUGUGCUUGAUGAUGUGGCAUUAGUUUGCGUGUUUAGCUUGUGUGCACGGGUAUGCGAUUCAGAGAUGGGGAGGCAAGCGCAUGGAUGUUUGGUGAAAAUGGGUUUAGGGUUUAACGUUAACGCGAAUAAUGCGGGGAUAAAUAUGUAUGUUAAAUGUCGGUUAAUGAGCGAGGCGAGAAGAGUGUUUAGUGAGAUGGACGAGCGAAAUGUAGUCACAUGGAGUGUGUUAUUAGAGGGAGUGGUGAAUUUGGAAGGAGUGGAGAAUGGGAGGGAAGUGUUUGAUCAAAUGCCUGAGAGAAAUGAGGUUGGGUGGACUGUUAUGAUUGCUGGUUAUGUGGGAGGUGGGUUUUGUAAAGAGGCGUUUUGGCUUUUAUCCGAGAUGGUUUUGGGGUUAAGAUUGGAGUUAAAUUAUGUGACACUCUGUUCGAUUUUAUCGGCUUGUGCACAGUCUGGGGAUGUGGCGAUGGGGAUAUGGGUUCAUGUUUAUGCCUUGAAAAUAAUGGGAAGGGAGAUGGGUAUAAUGGUGGGAACAGCUUUGGUGGAUAUGUAUGCGAAAUGUGGUCGAAUAACCAAGGCAUGUGAAGUUUUCAGGUUCAUGCCGAAAAGGAAUGUAGUGACUUGGAAUGCAAUUCUUGGUGGUUUGGCAAUGCAUGGAAAGGGUAAACUUGUGCUGGAUCUAUUUCCGAAGAUGAUUGAAGAGACCAGGCCUGAUGAUUUGACCUUCAUGGCUGUGCUAAGUGCUUUCAGCCACUCUGGUUUGGUUGAUCAAGGUUGCCAUUAUUUUUAUAACCUUGAAUCUAAGUAUGGUAUAACACCUAAAAUCGAACACUAUGCAUGCAUGGUGGAUCUUCUGGGUCGAGCUGGCCGUUUUGAAGAAGCUGAACUGUUGAUAAAGCAGAUGCCAAUGCCUCCUAAUGAAGUUGUUCUAGGAUCUCUUCUGGGUUCUUGCAAUGUGCACGGAAAGCCAGAGCUUGGCGAGCGGGUUAUGCAGGAUCUACUUCAGAUGGAUCCGAACAAUACUAAGUACCAUAUAUUACUCUCGAACUUGCAUGCUUCAUCAGGAAAGCAGGGCAAAGCUAAUUACCUUCGGCAGGAACUUCAAAACAAGGGUAUCAAAAAAAUGCCAGGAAUGAGUUCUAUCCAUGUGAAUGGCCAACUUCACCAAUUCGGCUCAGGCGAUAAAUCACAUUCACGAACAGAUGAAAUUUAUGUGAUGCUUGACGAUAUGAUACGGAGAUUGAGAUUAGCUGGUUAUAUCCCAAAUAUAAACUGCCAAGUUUUCUCUGCUUGUGGUAACACAGAGGAACUGGAGGAGAAGGAACAGGCAUUAUUUUCCCACAGUGAGAAGCUAGCAUUGUGUUUCGGGCUCAUGAGCACAAGACCUGGGUCGUCUCUGUACAUAUUCAAGAAUCUUCGCAUAUGCAAAGAUUGUCAUUCUGCUAUGAAAAUUGCUUCUGAGAUUUAUAAUCGAGAAAUUGUAGUGAGGGAUCGGAGUCGUUUUCAUUGUUUCAAGCAGGGUUCAUGUUCUUGUUCUGAUUAUUGGUGACAAUGAACAUAGCUGUAGCAAUGUACAUAAUGUAAAACUGUGCAUUUUUUAUUUAAGCUAAGAGAUCAUAAAAGCCUUAUCAA